ACUUUAAAGUACGCACCAACUUGUCCAGUUCAGUUGCGAUCAGAGCCCAUUGAUGAAGUGAUUCAAGUGAGUUUGCCAACGAGCUGUGCCGAGCGUCACAUUUUUUUUUAUUCAGAGCGUCCUGGAGAUUUAAUGUGUACUGUUUUUUCUCUUUGAAUGAUUAAACUGAGCGAAGCGAAAAUCCGAGAGCAGAUCUGUUAAAUGUGAACCGCCACAUCCAGGCACAGCAAAUUGGCCAAUUUCCGUCCCAGCAAAGUCGUUUGCAUCGCACUCCCCAGCUGUCAGCAGAAACAGCACCACCGCCGAAGAAGGGGACGCAUUUUGUGGGUGCUCCCAAUGGUGUACCAUGUCAACGAUAGACGAGCGUGUCGCCUAUUUAGAUAAUCCAUACUUCAAAGGUCACAUCUACGGUAAUUUCAAUCCGUUUUACGUAACCAUCGGGAUCUGCACCGUGCUACUGCUUUCCAUCUUCCUACUCAAUAUCAUCUGCGGUUGCUGCUCGAAGAAUAAGUACUACUGGCAGGACAGACACACAGGAAAUCGUUGGUUAGUCUCAAUUUGGUCCGCUACUCCUCACAAGCAACCACCGUUGGAUUUGACUGAACUUAAGGACGUGAGAUCUUUCCAGCCAAUUAAUCCCGACAUCGAACGCCCGGUUGAGUACACCGUGUCCCAUCACCGACCCCAUCAGCAUCCGCAGCAUUACGGCCGCAGCGGUUACCCGGAGGAAUACGUCGAGUUGCACAAACGCGAAAGUGACAUCUAGACGUGCCACUA